CCAGUCAGCGCCUUGGCCUCGCCGCAGUCUCGUGGCAGCCGUGCGGUCCGCUCCGUGACCCAGCCAGCGCUUGUGUUUAGUGUGCGAGUGUCUCCCGGCGUGCGUUGGUGUUUUGUUGUCGCGGCGCAGCUGUUGGUGAUUCGCUCCCAACGCGACUUGGUGACUGACUCGCAUCUCCCUCUCUCAAUCUCAUUCCCCGUCUCUUGUCUCUUUCUCGCUCCUCUUACAUUGUGUCUCGUCUUUGUGCCGACGGGAGAGGAAAGUCCCGUGUCUUCGUACUUGAAUACCGAGUUGAGUGUCUCUGCGAAAAGUGUGUCACAAGCCAGCUGUGUAAACAGUAUCUUCAGACAAUUUCUUUUAAGGGAGCAUACAUUAGGCUCCCUCGUUAGUGAUAGUGUCAAGUCCAAGGGAGUAUCGCAUCAGUCAUCAAGAUGCCCAAACCGGUAAAUGUGCGGGUGACGACCAUGGACGCGGAGCUGGAGUUCGCGAUCCAGCCCAACACCACCGGAAAACAGCUGUUCGAUCAGGUGGUGAAGACCAUCGGCCUCCGGGAGAUCUGGUUCUUCGGCCUGCAGUACGUGGACUCCAAGGGCUACACCACGUGGCUCAAGCUCAACAAGCGGGUUCUCUCACAAGAUGUCAAGAAGGAGACGCCACUGCAGUUCAAAUUCAGAGCCAAAUUCUACCCAGAGGAUGUGGCCGAGGAGAUCAUCCAGGACAUUACACUGCGUCUGUUCUACCUGCAAGUGAAGAAUGCUAUCCUGAGCGAUGACAUCUACUGCCCCCCGGAGACGUCAGUACUCCUGGCUUCAUAUGCAGUGCAGGCCAAGUAUGGAGACCAUGGCUCAGACCUUCACAAACCAGGCUUCCUGGCAAAUGACCGGUUACUGCCCCAGCGUGUCAUGGACCAGCACAAGCUGACACGUGAGGAGUGGGAAGAGAGGAUAAUCACCUGGUACCAUGAACACAAGGGCAUGCUCAGAGAGGAUGCCAUGAUGGAAUACCUUAAAUUGGCACAGGAUCUGGAGAUGUACGGAGUUAAUUACUUUGACAUCAAGAACAAGAAGGGCACUGAGCUGUGGCUAGGCGUUGAUGCUCUUGGUCUGAAUAUCUAUGAAAAGGAUGACAAGUUAACUCCCAAGAUUGGCUUCCCAUGGUCUGAAAUCAGAAAUAUCUCCUUCAAUGACCGCAAAUUCGUUAUCAAACCCAUUGACAAGAAAGCCCCAGACUUUGUCUUCUUUGCCCCUCGUUUACGCAUCAACAAGCGUAUCCUUGCUCUCUGCAUGGGCAACCAUGAGCUGUACAUGCGUCGCCGCAAGCCAGACACCAUUGAGGUCCAGCAAAUGAAGGCACAAGCUCGUGAGGAGAAGUUAGCAAAGCAGCAAGAAAGAGAAAAGCUGGCUAGAGAAAUUGCUCUUCGCGAGGAGGCAGAGAAGAAGCAGAAAGAAUAUGAAGAACGCCUGAAAUCAAUGCAAGAGGAGAUGGAGAGGAGGCAGAAGGAGUUGGUGGAAGCACAGGAAACCAUCCGACGACUGGAAGAACAGCUGAGACAAUUGCAGGCAGCCAAGGAAGAGCUUGAGAACAAGCAGCAGGAACUCCACGAUAUGAUGGUCCGUCUCGAACAGGCAAAGGAAAUGGAAGCGGAAGAGAAGCUCAAACUGGAGGAAGAGAUCCGCACCAAACAGGAGGAAGUAAGCAGGAUCCAGGAAGAAGUCAACUUGAAGGACGAAGAGACCAAAAAGCUUCAGAUGCUGAAACUGCGGCUUUCUGAGGGACAACCAAGGGUAGGCGUGGGUGGUAAGCAAGAGGUUGAGGAAGCUCGCAUGAAACAAGAGGAAGCCACUGCUGCUCUCUUGGCUGCUUCUUCUACCCCUCAGCACCACCACGUAGCUGAGCAGGAAGACACUGAGGAGAAUGAUGACAUCCCUAAUGGAGACAUCUCCAAGGACCUCUACAUUGGAGACGAGCCCAUUGAAGAUCCAGUGGAGGAAAGGAGGACUCUUGCUGAGCGCAAUGAGCGACUUCAGAACCAGCUUAAGGCUCUCAAGCAUGACCUUGAGUCCACACGAGAUACUGAAAAGGAAACCACCAUGGACAAAAUUCACAAGGAGAAUGUGCGACAGGGCAGAGACAAGUACAAGACGCUGAGGGAAAUCCGCAAGGGCAACACCAAGCGACGAGUAGAUCAGUUUGAAAACUUGUAAACAAUCUGUCCAAGGACCAACACAUCUUCACACUCUUGCUUUCCUAUAGAGAUUUACUCCCACAUUUCCUUUCAUAUUUUUUUCUUCUUUUAUACAUAGGCUUAUGUCAUACAUUUCUAUUGCUUUGCUACACAAAUUUGACAAACUUCUGAGAUGCAAAAACUUUACUGAUUUUAUUGUUAUUAAAUAUUAUUAUUAUUAUUGUUAUUAAUAUUAUAAUCACAAUUAUUAUUAUUUUUUAUUAUUAUUACAAUCAUCUUUAUUAUUAUUUCUAUUAUUAUUACUUUAGAAGCCUGUGAAAUAUGUGAAUUCAGGUUUUGAUGAGUUCACAUUCUAUUUCCAUUUACUACAUAAAAUAGUAUUGUCUUUGGAGAAAUAAAUAGGUAACUGUGCCCUACAUGAUCUUUAUAUAUAAUAAUGGAAAUUUGUAUGUAUGUAAUAUAGGUGAAAUGAGUGAUGUACUCUUGUCCUUGUUAAAAUUGGACCACAUCAAAAAAAAAAAGAAAAAAAAAGAAAAAAAGUAGUCAUAUCAUAAUCUAAAUGAAUGCAUUUCUCAUGUCUCAAGCAUGGGAGAAAACAUUAAGACAACACUUCCUUACUUAGUGUGAACAAUGUGAUAUGGACCAUUUCAGAUGGUGCUGGACCAUGCAAGUAACUUACCCUCCCUCCCACCCUCCCUCCCUCCUUUCCCUCUCCCCUUUCUGCCCCCUUGAAUUUUCAUCUCUCAAUUUAUUUGGUAACUUUCAUUCCCAGUAACUUGACACUUGAAAGGUUCAAGGAGCUGAAUAUUUUUUAAGAUCUAAUAAUAUAUAUAAAAAAAUGAGAAACCAGAAACAGCACAAUGUUAUCAUUGUACUGAAUUACCUUAUGCCCGAAGCUGUAUGUCUCUUGCAGUUCAUAUAGAAGAAGAAACAAAGCUAGAGGUAGAGAGUUAGAUUUUUACACAAUGAACGCUCUGGGUAAUAAAGUUAGGCCAAGCAUUGUUAUGAAUGUAAAUAUAUGUUGGUUGAUGGGUAGUCUAUUUUGAAUAUUGACAUUUGUAUUUGUAACACCUAAGUAUAGGCUCCUGUUUAGUGUUGUUCAGGUGGAUGCAACGAGAGAUCUGAUAGCUUAGAUCUGAUAGUUAUUAUUAUCAUAUUUAGGGGUGAAUAUGAAACAUAGAAGAUAUUUCCUCCUGAAAUGAUUUAUUCGGCAAUGUAUUGUUUUUUGUUUUUUUGUUUUACCGUUUGUUUUUGAAAAAUGUUUUUUGUUCAUCAUACAAUAUUCAGAAUAGGAACCCUCUGUUCUCAUGCCCUUUUUAUUUGUUAAUUUGUUUAAAUGUAAAGGUCUGAUAAUCUCUAUUAGAUUUGGAAGUGAUAAAAGCAUUGAGUGGCAACAGAACAAUCCAGUGUAAUAGAACCAUGCCUUGAUAAGGCUGAAAGAGUUAUGUUCGGUGUAUUUCUUAGUCGUGUACCUUUUUGUAAGUAAGUAAUCAAGGUGGAAGUCAAAUCACAGCCAGGUAUUACCAAGAACCAGCCAAUACAACAAUGCUUUCUUGCUUUUUCCACGACUGUAUGUGCUGCCAGUGCCUAUGCAACAACCUUCCCUCUUUUCCUGUCCUGUCAAGUCUUCCUGCAUAUGCUUGCUUGUUGUGAAAGGAAAGAAUUACUGGAGAAUAUUUGUUAAAUAUUUGUAAAUACUUUAGCCGCAAUUGGUGAUAGUGUUAUGUAUGUAAUCAGGUGCUUGCCAUUCACAACUUUUUUCAGUCUUGAGAAACUAUCACUUCAAAAAAAUUAUUUCAUUUAUUAGUUUAUUAGACUGUUGUUUGUAUUUAUUUUUUCUCAAGAUCUUUUUUAUUAUUCCUUUGCUAAAAUUCAUGUACAUUAUUGUUUGGAUUUCACAAGAAAUUCACUAUGGUAGAAGCACUGCUGUCCACCAAUUAUUUGGCUAAAAUUUUAAGUAUCCAUUUAUUUAUGCCACUGAAUAUCUUGAAGAAAGAUUACUUGAUACAUACUUGCUGUUCGGUUCAUUUCUAGAAAGCUUAAUAAUAUUGCAUACUAGCAAAUUCUUAAGGUAAAGGAAUAGGUUUUUACUCUUUAGAAGUAAAUAUGUAAAUUAUAAAUUGGUUUCCUUGGGUAACCUCUGUCAGUGACUGGAGAGUGGACAACACAAGCAGGCAAUGCAUGGGAAUGCAGUAGAUAUAGAUGACCUCAUUAGCACUGGGGUUGCUAGGACUCAUGUUCCUUCAAGUGGCAAACCUCAGUGGUUGUAUCUAUUAACAUAGCCUUUGAUAUGAAAAUACAAUAUCUUAAAACUGAUGAGGUAAAUAUAAGUCAUUUUUGAAUAAACAUAAAAAGAUGAUAA